GUCAAUCUUUAAAGGUAUAUAUUCUGUGCAAUUUAUUGUUACACUAUCAGUUGUAGUGCAUUUACCAAAGUGGAAAAAACGAAUUCCUGGAAAAUCGGGAUAUGCAAGGUACUAUAUUUACGCUGCUUUGCGCGCUAGCACUCGCGCAGGGUGCGCGCUUGAGUUGGAGCGAUUGCCUUAACGAUGAGACUGUCAAUAUCUUAGUCGCGCACGAAAACUGCCACAAGUUUUACCAAUGUGAUGAUGGAAAACUAAUUACCAGAAGAUGUCCGGCCAAACUUGUAUUCAAUAUUGAAGACCAAAGAUGUGACUGGCCUCACAAUGUCGACUGUCAAAAUAGAGGUAUUUCUGAUGAAAGCUCAGAAGAAGAUGAUUCUGGAACUGGCGGGGGACACAAUGACCCAGCCCUAGCACCGGAAAUCUGUGCUGCUGAAAAUUCAGAUGAUAUCCUUGUUGCUCAUGAGUACUGCAACAAAUACUACAUUUGCAGGGAUGGUGAGCCCUUCGCAAUGAUAUGUCCCCCAGAUCUUUUCUUCAACGCCGGUAUAGAUCAGUGCGACUGGCCUAAUAAUGUAGACUGUGAUCGUGAAAUUGCUCCACAACCUGAACAAGAACCACAGCCAGAACCUGAGCCACAGCCUGAACCUGAGCCGCAGCCUGAACCUGAGCCCGAGCCACAGCCUGAGCCUCAACCAGAAAGCGGUGAAGAUAACAAUGGACCUAUUGGUGGUGGAAAUGGUAACCCUGGUUUAGCUCCCGAAAUAUGUGCGGCAGCAGAUUCAGAUGGAAUUCUUAUUGCCCAUGAGUACUGCAAUAAAUUCUACAUUUGUAGCAAAGGUAGACCAGUUGCCCAGCGAUGCUAUCAAGGUCUCUACUUUAACCCUAACACAGACCAGUGUGACUGGCCUCAGAAUGUGGAUUGUGACCGAGAAAUUUCUCCAGAACCUCAACCCCAACCCGAAGCUUCCGAUGAAGAUGAUACUAAUGAAGUUGAUGUGCCUGAGCCAGAACCUCAACCAGAGCCACAACCAAAACCAGACAGCGGUGAAGAUAACAACGGACCAAUUGGCGGAGGAAACGGUGAUCCUAGUUUAGCUCCCGAAAUAUGCGCAGCAGCAAAUUCAGAUGGAAUUCUUAUCUCACACGAGUACUGUAACAAAUUCUAUAUUUGUAGUGAAGGCAGACCAGUUGCCCAGCGAUGCUAUCCAGGUCUCUACUUUAACCCUAACACAGACCAGUGUGACUGGCCUCAGAAUGUGGAUUGUGACAGAGAAAUUUCUCCAGAACCUCAACCCCAACCCGAAGCUUCCGAUGAAGAUGAUACUAAUGAAGUUGAUGUGCCUGAGCCAGAACCUCAACCAGAGCCACAACCAAAACCAGACAGCGGUGAAGAUAACAACGGACCAAUUGGCGGAGGAAACGGUGAUCCUAGUUUAGCUCCCGAAAUAUGCGCAGCAGCAAAUUCAGGUGGAAUUCUUAUCUCACACGAGUACUGUAACAAAUUCUAUAUUUGUAGUGAAGGCAGACCAGUUGCCCAGCGAUGCUAUCCAGGUCUCUACUUUAACCCUAACACAGACCAGUGUGACUGGCCUCAGAAUGUGGAUUGUGACCGAGAAAUUUCUCCAGAACCUCAACCCCAACCCGAAGCUUCUGAUGAAGAUAAUACUAAUGAAGUUGAUGUGCCUGAGCCAGAGCCUCAACCAGAGCCACAACCAGAACCUAAUCCAGACAGCGGUGAAGAUAACAACGGACCAAUUGGCGGAGGAAACGGUGAUCCUAGUUUAGCUCCCGAAAUAUGCGCAGCAGCAAAUUCAGAUGGAAUUCUUAUCUCACACGAGUACUGUAACAAAUUCUAUAUUUGUAGUGAAGGCAGACCAGUUGCCCAGCGAUGCUAUCCAGGUCUCUACUUUAACCCUAACACAGACCAGUGUGACUGGCCUCAGAAUGUGGAUUGUGACCGAGAAAUUUCUCCAGAACCUCAACCCCAACCCGAAGCUUCCGAUGAAGAUGAUACUAAUGAAGUUGAUGUGCCUGAGCCAGAACCUCAACCAGAGCCACAACCAAAACCAGACAGCGGUGAAGAUAACAACGGACCAAUUGGCGGAGGAAACGGUGAUCCUAGUUUAGCUCCCGAAAUAUGCGCAGCAGCAAAUUCAGAUGGAAUUCUUAUCUCACACGAGUACUGUAACAAAUUCUAUAUUUGUAGUGAAGGCAGACCAGUUGCCCAGCGAUGCUAUCCAGGUCUCUACUUUAACCCUAACACAGACCAGUGUGACUGGCCUCAGAAUGUGAAUUGUGACCGAGAAAUUUCUCCAGAACCUCAACCCCAACCCGAAGCUUCUGAUGAAGAUGAUACUAAUGAAGUUGAUGUGCCUGAGCCAGAGCCUCAACCAGAGCCACAACCAGAACCUAAUCCAGACAGUGGUGAAGAUAACAACGGACCUAUUGGCGGAGGAAACGGUGAUCCUAGUUUAGCUCCCGAAAUUUGCGCAGCAGAAAAUUCAGAUGGAAUUCUUAUCUCACACGAGUACUGUAACAAAUUCUAUAUUUGUAGUGAAGGCAGACCAGUUGCCCAGCGAUGCUAUCCAGGUCUCUACUUUAACCCUAACACAGACCAGUGUGACUGGCCUCAGAAUGUGGAUUGUGAUCGUGAAAUUUCCCCAGAACCUCAACCUCAACCUGAAACUUCUGAUGAAGAUGAUACUAAUGAAGUUGAAGUUCCUGAGCCAAAGCCAGAACCACAACCAGAACCACAGCCCGAACCAAACCCAGACAGCGGUGAAGAUAACAAUGGGCCCAUUGGUGGAGGAAACGGUGACCCUAGUUUAGCUCCUGAAAUUUGUGCGGGUGCAGAUUCUGAUGGCAUCCUUAUUGCUCACGAGUACUGUAACAAAUUCUACAUUUGCAGCGAAGGUAGACCAGUAACCCAGCGAUGCUAUCCAGGUCUCUACUUUAACCCUAACACAGACCAGUGUGACUGGCCUCAGAAUGUGGAUUGUGACCGAGUAAUUUCUCCAAAACCUCAACCCCAACCCGAAGCUUCCGAUGAAGAUGAUACUAAUGAAGUUGAUGUGCCUGAGCCAGAACCUCAACCAGAGCCACAACCAAAACCAGACAGCGGUGAAGAUAACAACGGACCAAUUGGCGGAGGAAACGGUGAUCCUAGUUUAGCUCCCGAAAUAUGCGCAGCAGCAAAUUCAGAUGGUAUUCUUAUCUCACACGAGUACUGUAACAAAUUCUAUAUUUGUAGUGAAGGCAGACCAGUUGCCCAGCGAUGCUAUCCAGGUCUCUACUUUAACCCUAACACAGACCAGUGUGACUGGCCUCAGAAUGUGGAUUGUGACCGAGAAAUUUCUCCAGAACCUCAACCCCAACCCGAAGCUUCCAAUGAAGAUGAUACUAAUGAAGUUGAUGUGCCUGAGCCAGAACCUCAACCAGAGCCACAACCAAAACCAGACAGCGGUGAAGAUAACAACGGACCAAUUGGCGGAGGAAACGGUGAUCCUAGUUUAGCUCCCGAAAUAUGCGCAGCAGCAAAUUCAGAUGGAAUUCUUAUCUCACACGAGUACUGUAACAAAUUCUAUAUUUGUAGUGAAGGCAGACCAGUUGCCCAGCGAUGCUAUCCAGGUCUCUACUUUAACCCUAACACAGACCAGUGUGACUGGCCUCAGAAUGUGGAUUGUGACCGAGAAAUUUCUCCAGAACCUCAACCCCAACCCGAAGCUUCUGAUGAAGAUGAUACUAAUGAAGUUGAUGUGCCUGAGCCAGAGGCUCAACCAGAGCCACAACCAGAACCUAAUCCAGACAGCGGUGAAGAUAACAACGGACCUAUUGGCGGAGGAAACGGUGAUCCUAGUUUAGCUCCCGAAAUUUGCGCAGCAGCAAAUUCAGAUGGAAUUCUUAUCUCACACGAGUACUGUAACAAAUUUUAUAUUUGUAGUGAAGGCAGACCAGUUGCCCAGCGAUGCUAUCCAGGUCUCUACUUUAACCCUAACACAGACCAGUGUGACUGGCCUCAGAAUGUGGAUUGUGACCGAGAAAUUUCUCCAGAACCUCAACCCCAACCCGAAGCUUCCGAUGAAGAUGAUACUAAUGAAGUUGAUGUGCCUGAGCCAGAACCUCAACCAGAGCCACAACCAAAACCAGACAGCGGUGAAGAUAACAACGGACCAAUUGGCGGAGGAAACGGUGAUCCUAGUUUAGCUCCCGAAAUAUGCGCAGCAGCAAAUUCAGAUGGAAUUCUUAUCUCACACGAGUACUGUAACAAAUUCUACAUUUGCAGCGAAGGUAGACCAGUAGCCCAGCGAUGCUAUCCAGGUCUCUACUUUAACCAUAACACAGGUCAGUGUGAUUGGCCUCAGAAUGUGGAUUGUGAUCGUGAAAUUUCCCCAGAACCUCAACCCCAACCUGAAACUUCUAAUGAAGAUGAUACUAAUGAAGUUGAAGUUCCUGAGCCAGAACCACAACCAGAACCACAGCCCGAACCAAACCCAGACAGCGGUGAAAAUAACAAUGAGCACAUUGGUGGAGGAAAUGGUGACCCUAGCUUAGCUCCUGAGAUUUGUGCCGCUGCAGAUUCUGAUGGCGUUCUUGUUGCUCACGAGUACUGUAACAAAUUCUACAUUUGCAGUGAAGGCAGACCAGUUGCUCAGAGAUGCUACACGGGCCUAUUUUUCAACCCCAACACUGAUCAAUGCGAUUGGCCUGAAAAUGUGGAUUGUGAGCGUGAGAUCGCCCCUCAACCGGAAGCACAACCUGAAUCUUCUGAUGAAAAUGACAAUAACGACGUUGUAGCUCCUGAACCAGAACCACAGCCAGAACCUGAACCAGAGCCACAGCCAGAGCUUCAACCAGAGCUACAACCAGAUAGUGGUGAAGACAAUAACGUUCCCGUUGGAGAAGGAAAUGGUGACCCUAGUUUAGCUCCUGAAAUUUGUGCGGGUGCAGAUUCUGAUGGCAUCGUUAUUGCUCACGAGUACUGUAACAAAUUCUACAUUUGCAGCGAAGGUAGACCAGUAGCCCAGCGAUGCUAUCCAGGUCUCUACUUUAACCCUAACACAGACCAGUGUGACUGGCCAUCAAAUGUGGAUUGUAACCGUGGAAUCGCCCCUCCAUCUCAAACUGACUCGAGGCUUCCGACCAAAGCGUGAUUUCGCAGAGAUCAUUAUUUAGAGCCACGUUGACUCAUUUAUGUGGAUCAUUUCAGUAAUCACGAUCUAAAAUUUUCAUCUAACGUUCCUGCAGUGUAACGGUUGUAUUAUACAGUUAUUAAUUACUUUCGGAUCACUGUACAUAAACAAAUCUAACAUAACACUUCCUAUUCUGCAACCUUGUGACUUGUUAUUAACAGAUAACUAGAAUAAAUAGCUGCUGCUUAAUAAUUAAUAUAAUAUAACUAAUUAUAAAUUAAAAAUCUAGCUCAAGCAAAUUAAAGUGAAUGUAUAAACAAUUAUCUUUUUUCUCUUUUUAUGGGUACAUGGGUGCCGUCUAAUAAGUAAUAAAUUAAAUUUGUAUAACUAAAUCUUGCCUGUGUCUUUUUUGUGCUUUUGUUUAUUCUGUUUCUCAACUUAAUAUACUUACUUCCUACAUUGUUUUAACUUGUUAUCGUUAUAUGAUAACGAGUGUAAGUAUAUAAUACUCAGAUGAAAAUAAAACUACAUGUUAUAUAA